AUGGAGCACGGUAUUGGCGUCGGUCUGGUGGCCCGGGUGAGCUUUGUCGAAAAUAACGUGCUGGGCCGUAUAACUGGCGCCGCUCACCAGUUUCAGACCUUGAUGGGUGUUUUUGUUUACGACGACGGGCAUGCCAGGUACGAACACGAAGAUGGUGGACACCGGGAUGGUACUGUCGCCGCCUUGAUCCAACAUCGUGAUGGCUUCUUCCUCGGAGAUGAAUAUCCGAACCUGCCGCUGACAUUGCUUGCGAAAGUCAAGCGUUGCUUCGAUGUUCAGGUUCCAACGGUUUCUAUUGAGCGGCGUCACCACUGUGAUCCCUGA